AUGUGCAUUAAUUUAGUGUUAAUAUCAGUUGGAUUACUGUUGCUAGAGAUAUGCUUAAGUGAAGAUGAGCAAUCGCGGGAACACAGCUACAAGAAAUUCAUUGGUGAAAGAGAAUAUGCGAUGCCAUUUAAAACUCGAAUAAGUCAGCCAUUUCAAGAAGGACAAACUAUCCAUGCAGUUGGCACGGUAAAACCCGAUGCUAAGAGAAUCGAUAUUAAUUUCCAUAAAGGCGCAGCUAGAGAUGCUGACUUACCGCUACAUCUCAGUAUCCGAUUUGAUGAAGGAAAAAUUGUCUGCAAUUCAUAUAUGAGCGGUAAUUGGGGCAGUAAUGAGCAACGAAUUAAAAAUUAUUUCAAACCAAAUGCAAAUUUUGAUAUUCGAAUUCGUCUUAUUAAUAAUAAUUAUCAGAUAUUUGCGAAUCUAAUGGAAGCUGGUACAUUCGAACGGCAGGUACCGCUAGAUGGGGUGGAUCAUGUAUCGAUCACUGGUGAUUUGGUCAAUCUUCGAUUAUUCCACUACGGUGGACGAGUGAAUCCGAUACCAUAUACAGCGCUCGCCGAAGUUAUCCCAGGAAGACGAUUGGAUAUUUCCGUACUUCCAACUGGCAAACGAUUUAAUAUCAAUUUAUACAACAAUAAUCGAAAGCAUGCAAUGCAAAUAUCGGUUCGAUUCAAUGAGGGUACUGUGGUACGAAAUGCAAUGGAGAAUAAUAUGUGGGGACGAGAAGAACGAGAAGGUGGAAUGCCGAUCGCCAAAGGAGAAAUUGCCGAUAUAACGAUUAUCAAUGAGAAAUUCAGUUUUCAAAUUUUCUUCAACGGUGUUCGUUUUACGACAUUUGCGCAUCGUGGCUCACCAGAUGAUAUUAAAAUGUUGGAAAUUGAUGGUGAAUGUGAAGUAUUUUCUGUCACAAUUAAUAAUGCAAUUGGUGCAUAG